AUGGACGCUUCAGCAGAGACCGAGCCGCCCUCAUCGGGCCCGCCAGCGGAAACAGAACAGAACAGAAGAAAGUCGGGACGUGCGAUCCGAAAACCGGAGUUCUUCUCUGAAGAAGUUCAUAGCGUAAGAACCACUACUGCCGAGAAAAGGAAGCGCGCUACCCCACGCGACGAUGAUGAAGUUGAUCAGGAGGACGACGACGAGGAGGAAGAGGACGCGUCUGAAUCUGAAGCUGAUGACGCGGAGGAUGAUGAUCCUGAUGAGGAAGAGAUGAAAGAGAGAAGACGAGCUGCGCGCAAAGCUUCUGCGAAGAAGAGGACGGCGACGAAAAGCAAAGGCAAAUCCAAGACGUCGCGCGCUGCAAAGAAGCCCAAGAUCAACGGCGUUGAAAAGCAACUUGCCAUUCGGUCUGCGACUACUAAUGGCAAGAAAAAGACGUCCAAACAGAGGGAGAGAACAGCUCCGCCCAGACCAAUCUUCCCUGCUUCAGCAGAGGGCUUACGCACUCCAUCUAUGCUGACAUUCUCCGUGAUAGCCGAUAUCUUCGAGAGAGGGCAAGCCGUCGACACUGUUAUAGCAGAAUGGCUCUCGCGAUAUGAAAAAGACCCCGUUGACGGCAUUGGCGAAUUGGUCAAUUUUGUUCUGAGAUGCAUAGGCACGGAUUUCGCUGUAGACAAAACAGAUGUCACGGACGUCGAUCAUAUGAAGGAACGUGUUACGGACCUCCAGGAUGCCCAUAUGCAGCUGGAACCUUCGGAAUAUCCUCUCAUCUCCAAAGAUAAAAAGUUCAGGUCUUUCCGAUCUACCCUGGUGGACUUUUGCGACACCUGGAUCGAGACCUUACAUCGUUCUUCCCUUCUCUACAAUAGCGCAGCUCCAGCUGAGAAAUUCCACGUUUGGCUCAGUGUAAUGUCAACUGCGCCCAACCGAGCUUUCAGACAUACUGCUACAGUCAUGUCCCUGGCCGUGGCAACGGCUCUGUGCGAUAUUGCCCAAGAAGUGACCUCCACCGUUUCCACGUCUCGAAAACAACUCGAAAGCGAGAAGAAGAAAAAGACGCCCAACAAAGGCAGGAUGGGCGCGAUACAAGCCACUAUACAAGAGAGUGAAGAGAAACUGGAGACGAUAGACACAAUCUUGAAAGACGCUUUUGACACUGUCUUUGUGCAUCGCUAUCGAGAUGUUGACCCGAAAAUCCGUUCUGAAUGCAUGACUGCUCUAGGCCGAUGGAUCCAGUGCUAUCGAGAGAUGUUUUUCGAGAGCCAAUAUGUCCGAUAUUUUGGCUGGGUUCUUUCUGACGCCUCCCCUCAGGUGCGCGCGGUGGCUGUGGAACAGCUUCGCCAGAUCUACGAAAACAAAUACAGUGUCGCUGCGCUGCGGUCCUUUACAUCUCGUUUCCUUCGUAGAAUGGUCGAAAUGGCGACGAGAGAUGUCGAUGUCGGAGUUCGUGCGUCGAUGGUUGAACUGCUCGACAUUAUACGAGAUAUGGGAUUGCUCGAGAAUGAAGAUAUCGAUGCUGUCGGUCAGUUGGUAUUUGACUCCGAGCCACGAGUCCGCAAGGUCGCGGGUCGCUUCUUCGCUGCCAACCUCCAAGAAAUCUUUGAUGCGAGUACGGAAGAAAUGGCGGAAGAUAUUAACGAAGUCUUUGCGGAUGAAGACGAGGAAGAUUUCACGGCGCCUAAACGGUCCUGGAUCAAAUUCAAAUGCCUCGUUGACAUCCUUCAAACUUACGAUGGCCAGAAAGACCAACAGAAACCAGAUCGACCAAUUGCCGGAUCAAUCGAAGCGCUCUCGGGGGCUCCGGUCGAGUCACGUUUCUUUCUGGCCACCGAGGCUAUCUAUCCGCAUAUGCAGGAACUGGAGCAGUGGCAGUCCCUAGCAGGCUAUCUGCUCUAUGAUCAUUCGCAAAUAACCGACUCGCCGCCUCAGGACGAGGCCAGCAAUGUGAGAAAAUUUUACGCGCUCGAGGAGGGUCAAGACAUUAUCCUCCUUGAGGUGCUUGUCUGCGCAGUCAAGCUCCGGAUCCUGGAAGUUGCCAAAUCGGACAUUGACAAACGGGGACGCAAGAUCAAGGCUUUGACAGAUAAGAUACCAGUGUUGCAAGAAGAGAUCGCCCACAACCUUGCUCAGAUCAUUCCUCAACUGCUCAACAAGUUUGGCGCUGUGCCCGAAGCUGCAUCUGCUGUUCUUCGUCUUGAACACCUUGUCGACCUGAAUAUGAUCCAAGAUCUUCAGAAAGAUGCAGCCGCUUACACGUCGUUAUUGAACGAUAUCAACAAGCAGUUCUUGACGCACUCUGACCAGGACGUGCUCGCUGAAGCUAGUGUGGCUUUUCUUCACGCGCGAAGCUCCGAAGAGAUGAAGGAGGCAAUGGAAAGUAAGGUCCAAGAAUUGUGGGACGAUAUGAUCGAUGCAUUCGGCACUUUGUCUCAGAAUAAAGAUGUUCAGAACGGGACCUCUCUCCGUUCAAAUAUCCUCACGGAACUGGCAAACACUGUUACCAGAAUUUCCAAUCUCGCAAGUAUAACAGAUUGCACCAGUGUUAUGGAGGCAGUACCAUCUGCGACAUCCAAGAAGCGCAAGCAAGACUUGGAGGCGCCAUUCAACACCCUCAUCCAUCUCGCUAAGCGUGGUCUCCGAGAUGAAGAGUCCGAUGAGGAUACGGCGAAACUAGAGACAGAGCUUGUGGUGAACAGCAUCAAGUCUCUGUUGUUCUACUUCAUGUGGAAAGUCCAAGCACUCACAACGGCCCUGAAGUCUGGCAAUGCGUCCUAUAACACUGCUUACUUUGAAGCUCUGGCGAAAAACCGCGAGACCUUCGUAGUUACCCUUACAGCCAUCAUGCAGAAGCGGUCCUCUGUUCUCGACGACAUUCGUUUUGCCGCGAUUACAACGCUCUUGGAUGUGCAGACGCUGUUCGGUACCCUACGUCACAUUGGAGCGACUGUAAAAGAAGAAUCUAAGACGGUCGACGAAGAUGUCAUAGCCCAGACUCAGAGUUUGGCCCAAGAGAUUGACCCAGAAACUCAAAAGACUAUUUCACGAUUUCACGAUAUAGCCGAACAAACCUUUGCGAAAAAAUCGAAGCGGGAUAUUGAACGUGUCGUGGACGAUGCUCCGCUGAAUUCAGCUCAGGAUAUAAAGGACAUCCCGUCUGAUGAUGAUGAGGAUGAAGAAGAAGACGAGGGCGACAACGUAGACGAAGCUGUCGCCAACGAGCGUCUCCGAGCCACCAUCCUGGCUGAACAAAGGCUGUGUGAAUUGACUGGAAAGAUCGUAUUGGCCAUUAUUGGGCGUGUUCUCGAUGCUUCAGGGCCGCAGCGCGGAAAACUGAAGCAGAAAUUGCUGAAGAACAAGUCUCGCUUAGGACAUAACUAUAAAGAAGUCGUCGCGUUUCUUGAAGAACGGAAGGCCCGUUCUGCCAAUCGUCCGACUCAAUCCAAGGACAAGCAAUCUGCCAACGCAAACGGCGGCAAAAACGCAGCUGCGAAAUCCAGUGAAAGAGUAGAGGAAGACGAUGAAGAGGAACAGGAGGACAACCGAGUUGUCGAGGAGGAUGAUGAAGAGGAUCUGCGAGCGAGGGAGCUCCUCGAAGAGAAUGAUGAUGACGGUGAGGAGCUAUCUCCACCUCCCGACGAAGACGAAGAGCAGGACAGGAAUGAAGAUGAAGAUGAGGUAAUGGGCGAUUGA